AUGCCAGCUUCACCAGAAACGCCGCAGCACUCGCGACACUCGUCUGUUGCCGACGACCACAAUUCAUCACCAAAUGCUCGUCGGGCUUCCAAAUCGUCUGUCAGCGAUGUCACGACCCCAUUUCGCAACAGCCUCACACAUCAGGAUACACUGGACAUGAGCAUACUCGCAAGUGGAGGCGGACAAGCCAGUAACAGCAUGGGGAACCUGGCAGAUGAGCUUGCAGAUGCCUUCUCGGAUUCUGGCGAAGAGGACGACGGUAUUCAAGGCGAAAUUUUAGACGGCUCUGAAAACGGCGACAUCCUGAAUCCAGAGGGUUCUCGUGAUAGCGGAGUAGACGUGGAUGGUACUGGUGCCAGCGAUGGAGAGAAAACGAGAGAUACUAAUCUGUCCGUCCCCUCUCCCCCUCGACGCGGGCACCAGAGGAAGGGAAGCGAGUAUGACGGUAGUGAAUACGGCUCUGAAUCUGAUCUAGAUGCUGCUGGUUUCAACGCGACCCUAAUCGCUAGAAUCGAUGCUGUGGAGUCUUUGGUUCGCCGCGGCACAGAAAGUUACGGUGGACCGGAAGACGAUGUCUUCAAACGAGUUACAGAGAGCUUGCGCGAUUUGGGGUCGCAGUCAAGUGUCGAAGGGAACGCAUCGCGACUCAUUACAGCGCAUACGGCGCUCACUACCCAUCUCGCACACCAGACUCGUCAGCUUCAUAACUUAACCUUCCCUUUACUGUCGCCUUUGGCGCCGACGCCUGACCUCGACACAAUCGACGAUUUGAUACCUCUUUUGGUCUCACUGCUCGAGGCUAUGCCAACCCCUUCAACUGUUGCCUUCAACUCUUUAACAGCGCUGCAUUCUGUGACGGCCGAACUGAUUCAGACCUUGAGCUAUCUAUCCGAUACUCUGCAUAUGUCCCGACAAACUAUUACCACUGCAACUCGCAGACUGAAGAGCUCGAAAGAACUUAUUGCUGAACUAAGGAGAGAUGACGAGCUGCGAGAAGAAGGAGAAAGAUGGCUUGCGAGGGGAAAUUGGGGGGAGAGAUUGCAGAAGCGAGAGUGUGCGGGAGUUUGUGGAGAAGUCAUCGGCGGAUUCGAGGCGGUAUGCGAUGGCUGGCGGGAGCGGCUCCUCGCACAAGCGGAGUCCACAGCCUGA